AUGCCACCCGAAGGAGACAUGAGGGCUGGGAUACUGCCAGGUUGCCCAAGCCUACACAGAAGUCGAGAGGUAGAGGUCGGGUUCGAAUCACAGAGUUUCUGGUCAAGAGUUCAGUGGUUAAGGCACAGGUUUAUGUACUGGAAGGUCCGUUGUUCUAACCCAACAUCAGCAUCCCGAUUGCUCCUGUCUAGGCUUAGGCAACUUGGCAGUAUCCUAUCCAUCAUGUCCCCCUCUAUUAGCAUGGCAGCUAGGCCCCGAAUGGGUGCCACAGCUGAACGAUCAACUGACCUAAUGGAUUUCGAUUACGAAGAACCUAUUGAGAAGCGCUUUGAGGAUCUUUGCCAAGACCUUUGCAUUGAAGGAGCUAUUCGCGAAGAAGCUUGGGAGAAAUACAAGGACGUUUGGGCUAAUUACUCUAUCGAUGGUGAUCAGAUUCAGUGGCUAGUGUGUUCUCUGUACGAGUGCUGUCGGCGUUCGGUUGCUGAUAGCAUCUCUGGACAUGUGGUGGAAAACGCUUAUGUUUCACUCUCCCGCCUCUUGUCAGCAGCAAAGAUGAGCAUGGUUCAGUUUUUCCACCGUAUCAAAAAAUGGGCCGAUAUGACUGACAUGGUGGAUGAUAUGCGGGACCGCGUGGAGUUGCUUGAGAGACAGUUUGCAGUGUCAUCUGUAAUCUUUCGCAACUUUGGCCGUUCUUUUGGGGUCUUAUUUCGAGAAACCAGUUAUAUUCAAAACCAAAUGCAUCCCACGGGUACAGAUCUCUUCCGGCUCACUUGGCUCCUGUUCAUCAAGUCACGUACCAGCUUCCCAGCGGUGACUGAUGAUCUGGUUAAUUCCUAUCAUCUACUAGUGUGCUGUUUGGACUGGGUGCUGGGUGCUGUAAUGGUCUCAGGACGUCACGAUCUAAUCAACGUGGAAAUGAAUGGUCUACCCAAAGACUUCUUGAACGCCAUCGGUCAAAACAAGCCCUGGUGUCCACCAGGUGAUGAGCCCCCAUGCAUGUUACGCCCUAUUUGUGAAGACAAUGAGGUCAACUAUGUUGAGUGCAAAACUGUCAAGGAACACUUCUUCCGUUCCUUCAUAUUGCGGUUAAUUGAAAAGGAGACCAUCAAACUGGAACCAAUGGUGUAUGGAAGUUUGUUAGAGUCGGGCAAUUUCGACAUCACGCUGCAGAAUCUAAACAACAGUUAUGAAGAAUAUAUCAUUGGCACUGGUGAUUUUGAUGAACGCAUUUAUCUGAGUCCGAGUGCUGCAGAGGAGAUAGGUUCUGCCGGGGAUAGUGGUAUUCAUUCAAACCUCAAUCUUCCCAGUGAUCUGGCUCCUUCCGCGCGACGUUACAUGCUCGAGGUGAGCACCUCGGGAUUCGGUGGUUUCACGGAGACGACACGACGUGGAAAUGCUAAUGCUGGAGCUGUGAGUCGACUAAAUGGAGGCGUGAACUUCAACAAUCCGGAGGCCAGAAACCAAAAUCUCAGUCAAUUGCAGAUCUUACUCAGUGGACGAUCAAAAGAACCAAGCGAAGCUCUUGUGGACCUCGUGGAAUCUCACUGUACUAUGUCGUUGUUAGCGGAUAUGCGUAUGACUCUAGAUGGGCUCAUGAAUGAAUUUCAACUGGCUUAUGCGGGAUCACCCGAUGCGAAACCGGUUGUUUCCAGUGAUUCAGCAGACUCCAACGUGCUUGCGAUAUCGGCGGCGCAGCAAAGACUACAUUUAGGCUGUAUACUGUAUUAUCUUGUGCUGGAAAAUAUCCUCGUCGAUGAAAUACGUAAGAUUGAGAAGCGUUUGACGUCAUCCACGAGCGUCAUGGAUGAUGCGGCACUCGCCAGGCGUAUGAAGCCCAACCUGACCACUUUGUUGUCACAGGAGUUGUUUCACAGAUCUCUGUUCGCGUGCUGUAUGGAAUUGGUACUGAUCAGCUCUGAUGCACCAGAACAUCAUUUUCCUUGGAUAUUGGAAGCACUCAGUCUGGAUUCGCUGAAUUUUUUCAAGGUCAUUGAGGUCGUCGUACGGAGCAUUGACUUCCCUCGGGAUAUGGUUAAAUACAUGAACCAAGUGGCCGAAUUAAUCUUGGAUUCUUAUGCUUGGCGGGCCAGUUCACCAUUGUGGUCCAUGUUGAAGGCUUCUGGUCGGGCUCCGUCAAUUGAAGAGGUCAUACCCCCAGAAAAGCUGGAACGUUCAUCCGGAAACGAAUUCCCUCGCACUGAAAGCUUCGUCUCCGAUUCCAGAAAGUCUUCUAUCAUGCCGCUGUCUGGAUUGGUGCUAAAACCUGGUCCCAGUCCUUUGAAACAACCACGUCUGAUUCCGUCGUCCAACACAGGUGGUCUCUUUCGCACUCGAAGUGUGGAUUCCGGACUCUUACCCAAACAUCAGCUGAUAGGUCCGAGCGAAGAUGAAUCUGCUCAAGCGGCUGCUCAACUACUUGCUAGUGGAGAAGAGUUGGACGCACCCACGGACACCAAUUUGGCGAGCGUUCAUACUGAGGAAAUCAAUUUGACGGGACCGGAACCCAUCACUUCGGUUGCCGGGAAUAAGGAAACUCUGGAGUCGGGACCCAGUGAAAGUGUUGCGGAUAGUGAGCAAAGUCUUUGGUCCGCUGCAAGCAAUGCUAUCUUGAGCUAUUACCCAACACGUCACGAUUCACUUGCUAUAUUCUUCCGUCACUUCUAUCGAGUUGCGAGCGCACGUUUGCGAGACCUUUGUGAACGUCUGAAUUUGCAACGUGACAUUUUGGUCAAAAUCUGGACUGGUUUCGAACUGUGCGUGGUUCAUGAAGUGGAACUACUACGCGACAGAUGUUUAGACCAAAUUCUGCUCUGUUCCUUGUUUGGUGUUUGUAAGCUGGUGCUCUAUCGUCCGCUUUCGUUCAUUGACAUCGUACAGGUAUACCGUAUGCAGCCCCAGUCAAAUCGUGACAUCUAUAGACGUGUUCUUCUCAACCGCGUCACUUACGGACACAGUAGUGGUGAAGAACGAGGAGAUAUCACACGCUUCUACAAUACCGUUUUCUUGAUGCGAAUGAAGGAUUUUCUACAGAAAGCUGCGUCUGCUACUUCUGCCGAUCGCACCUCCACAGCUGAUGUGACACCAUGGCCAAACGCUGGACGCUGGAUGGGUCCACCCUCGUUGGCCCCACUGCCAAUCCAGAAGAGUAAUGCGAUUCCAGCUGGUACAGGAUUCGGUAGUACGGCAUCCGCAGGUCCGAUUGAUAUUACGCAAGCCAGAAGACUUGCCAGCAAUCGGAACGUAUUCAUUAGUCCCGUCAAACAUCAAGUCAACCUCUCCCCUAAACGUGUGGUUUUCACCGUCGGUCGAAGCACAGGUAAAGAUCUGCAGGACGUCAAUGUUAUGAUAAGCUCAGCAGAACGGAGAGCGUCAAUGGCCAACCUUACCAUGGGACUCAAACGACCAGGCAGUGGUGCGACAGUCUCAUAUGUUGGGCCGGUGUCAGGCACACUUGCUGUCACCCCCGCCUCCGGUGGUGCUCCGCGCACCGUCACAUUGGUCGGACCCGGAAACUUUGCCGCCAAACGGCUUGAACUUGACCUUUGAGCUCUUAUCCUUUGACAGACUGUUUUAGUAUUCAAGCAUCUAUCUCGAUUUUGUAUCUCUGUAAAUCAGUCAUUUUUUGUUUAUAAAACGUGUAUAUUUGUGCGAUACAGUCAACCUGACAUCGUAGACUUAGUGAGUGUGCAAAGUGGUCCACACGGGUGCAGAGAAAAGGAAAAUCUUGGAGUCACUAUCUGAACAAUACGUUAAAUCGUUCGCGCAGCCCGACUUCACUGCAUCCGGGUGUUGGCGAAGGCAGGGACAAACGGCGGUAUUUGACAGCCACAGGUCGAUCCUCCGGGAAUUCGUAUGAAAUGCCCGCCAUAGCUGACAUGUUUGGA